GCUGGAUUGUGGUUCGGCCACAAACAUCCGGACAUGAUGGUCUUUAUGGAGAAAUUUGUGGAGGCAUUGCAGGCUGUUGGAAUUGUUGGGUGGCAGUAUGGAACGGAAACUGUGAGAUCAAAAGUUCAUGCCAUCUGCUGUUCAGUUGAUGUGCCAGCCCGUGCAGCAGUGACAAACCAGACGCAGUUUAAUGGAAGAUUUGGCUGCUGCUGGUGCCUGACCUGUGCAGAACACAUUGAAGGUGCUCCUCGGUACAUCCAGACUGACUUUGUACUGAGAACGGAAGAAGGUGUCCUGAGAGACAUGAAGCUUGCCCUUGAGCUCAAUAUGCCAGUGAAUGGCAUCAAGGGGCCAUCGCCAUUGAUAAACCUUGAUUUCUUCAAUCCAGUGCUGAGCCAGGCAGUUGACUACAUGCACUGUGUGCUGCUUGGAGUGGCACGGCAGCUUACUGAGUUUUGGCUGGACAGUGCAAACUCCCAGGAGCCGUUCUACAUUGGCGCUCCUUCAACUCUAGCCAAGCUGGACAAACGUCUCCUGAGUAUCUGCCCACCCCACUGUUUCACACGGCUACCAAGGUCCUUGGCAGACAGGUGCUUCUGGAAGGCGAGCGAGUGGAAGAACUGGCUGCUCUACUACUCUCUGCCAACAGUACUUCGAGUGCUGCCACCGCGGUUCUGGAGGCACGUGUCAAUGCUGGCGGAAGCCAUUUUCACUCUGCUCAAGAGUGAAAUUUCACCAACUGAUCUUCAGCGAGCAGGUCACCUGCUUCAGUCGUUUGUGUCAAGAGCUGCAAGCCUCUAUGGGACUCGCUUCAUGACCUUCAAUGUCCACCAGUUACGCCAUCUGACAUCGAGCGUGGAGCAUCUGGGUCCCCUUUGGGCCAACUCGGCAUUUCCCUUUGAAACAGGGAAUGGGAAGCUGACCAAGAUGAGCCCAAGCUUCGACGAUGCAUGA